UGUCAAGGUUAAAUUGGAAUAGACUGGGUGUUCGUACUGGAGGAGAAUUCUGAUUCACAGUGAAGAUAAGAAGGAUGAACGAGGAUCAAAUGCAAUGACAAAGACAUUUGGACCACAGGUGCUUCUGCUAACCACCUUGCUGUUGUUGUUGUUGUUGUUGUGGUUGUUGAUCUCAACAGUGAAUGACAACUUCUUUGACACGAGCAGAGAACGGGAGAAUUUGAUUCUGGAAAAUACAGAACUGCAAGCUACAAAGAAUGCCUUAAACAUAGUGAAGGAUGAUCUGAUAGCCAAGGUGGAUGAAAUGUUCAGUGAGCAAGAAAUUUUGAAAGGAGAGAUACUGACUCUGAAAGCAGUAAAAGAAAAAUUACAGGGUAGAAUCAAAGAUCUGGAGGAAGAAUUAAAGAUAUCCAAGGCAGAGCUAGAAGAGAAUGAGGAUGAUGUACCUAUGACACAACGUAAACGUUUCACGCGUGUGGAGAUGGCACGAGUAUUAAUGGAGCGUAACCAAUACAGAGAGAGAUUAAUGGAGUUACAAGAGGCAGUACGAUGGACUGAAAUGAUUCGGGCUUCCAGAGAACACCCAGAAAUUGCCCAAUCAAAGAAGGAAUCAUCGAUUUGGAACUUUUUCAGUAAUUUGGUGGCCGCAGACCCACCUCCAGCACCAACACCAAAGAAGAAGGGUUAUGAGACACAAAUUCUCUGACAAUAAACUUGCUUGGUCUUUAUAUAUUUUAGUACUCAAUUUUAAAGUUGUGUUUUAACAAUUGACUGUUGCAAAACCUUGUAAAAGUAGUCAGAUUUAACAAACUUUGGGGAUACGAUUUUCCCCUGCAAUUCAGGGAUUACAUUUUUACUGAAGAUAUUCAUGAUUUCAUUCAAUAUAAACUACCACAGAAUUAUAUUGAUGAUAGUAACGGUAUUUCUUUAGUAGCCAUAACACUUUGCUAGUCCAGUUUGAGGGCUGAAUAUGAAGAUGUUUAAUGUCUAAGUAAUGGGGAUAAAAUAACUCCAGUUUCAACCCUUUCACUAUGAAGUUUGUAUAAUAUAUAUAAUAUAUAACUGUAUGUGAACACUGAGAUUAAUAUAGUCUGGAAAUAUUCUCAGUAAGUUGUUAGCUGCCUUAUAACUAGUCAUUUUGUAAGCUUGUAGCUAAAUUUAGAUACUAUUUUCAUAUAUUUUAUGCAUUCACUUUCAAGAGUUAGGUCAAAUAUUGUUUCGAAAUUAACUUACUUGUUUCUUUGCUUUAAAGAGUUUUCUGGAAUUGAAAUAGCCAAUAUUGGGGAAAAAUGAAAAAAAUGGUGUGUCCAUUAAUUAGACAAAAUAUACAAAAUACGGACAGACAUAGCAUCCUGUUUUGUAUCUGACAUUUCUGACGAAACUGAAACACAACCACCAAUUGAGGACUGCCUAAACAGUUUUACUCCAGCCACACCAGAAGAAGUAAAGAAUAUUUUUCGGGCAUCUCCAUGUAAGUCGUGUGAAUUAAAUCCAAUACCAACUUGGCUUUUAAAGACAUGCCUUGACGAGCUCCUUCCAGCUUUGACAAAAUUAUCAACACAUCACUGGAAACCGCGUAUUUCCAAAAGCCAGAUGAUUGGCUGGUAAGGUGGGCCCAAGUGAUUCUAUAUUUGCGUUGAGAGCUGAAAGCAAAAAUGUUCAAUUAGCUUCUCAUAGAGAUACAUAUAAAUACAUCAAUGCAAUGCUUUGACACAAUGUUCUGGAAACAAACGCAAAUAUCUUCUCUUUAGAAAUCCGUCUGAGAGAAACAUAAAAAUUCCUAUUAAAUGACCUGUUUACCUGCUACUGUUCUGCUCACAUCAGUCAGAAUGAAUAGUAUACUGCAUUUCAGCAGAGUAAAGCGGUCCAGCUUUCUUUAUGUACAAACCUGCAGAUAGUCAUUUGCAACAUAAAUCAUGAUUUUCCAGCACUUUUUACCCCUUUCUCUUCAUGUACCUCAGUUCUAUGAAAUUUGUUUACUUUCAGAAGCUCGGGAUAUCUAUUUUCAAUCGAAUCUGUCAUGAAAUAAGAGACUGCUUUUCUCUCGGAUUCACUUCCUUUAGUUAAGUAACGAGGGGCGGAUAACUGUACCUUAUUACCUGCACAACUACAGAUGUUCAUAUUAUCUCACAGGACUAGGGAUGAAAGAAUAAUAUCUUAGCACGCUGAAUAAAGUAUUUCAUUUUUCAAACUAUAAAGGAUUCUUAGUUCAGUGUAGCAAUGACCUCUCAGUAGCGAUGCGUGUUUUGAAGACAUACUGAAAAUUAAACGCAAUAAAAGUCAGAUGUUAUACAAAGACUGCCUUUUUGAUGACUUGAAGGCAGAUGCUUGUGGAUUUUGUUCGAUUUCUUCCGAAUAUUUGAGUAAAGAGUGGUGCAGAAACCACAAGAAGAGAUCACAAUAUAGAGACUUACCCUAAGCCAUCUUUACACAAGGGAAACAAUCUGUUUAUAAUGUGAAAUUGUUGAAUGAACACCAUUUGUUAAUCCUAAUCCUGUCCAUGUUAUAUCAGUGCAAUGGAAAAGUAACCUAUCUAUGUUAAAUGUUAUGCAUGAUAAGACAGUCAUGCAGCUUACAGUCCUGAAACUGAUUUCUUUGAUUUUCUCAUAUUUCUAGAUAUUUUUCAAUACUUUGACGCAUAUAUAUGGGUAGUAGAGAUAGUUCUCUUUCCAGCAGUAGCCUUUUCGACAUAUUUUACCUUGUGAAAUUUUGUGGGUUUUGACUUUCAAAAAAUCGUCUGUUUGUUGACAAAAUUCACCACAAAAAUGUCACACUUUCUCCAGGGCAUUAACUUUGAUGUUUACAUAGUUUUCUAUUCAAAUUGCUAAUCCUUAUGGUAAUUAUGCAUAUUUUUUUCAUGCAUAGAAGUAAAAAGUGCAUAUAAUAGUUUGCAAUAGCAACCUAAGCCUACCAUAAAUUCUUAUCAGACUGCCACUGUUUUUGUUUUUGUUUCGUUUAUACCGUGUCAGGGCAGUAAUUUAAAUACACAAACUGAUAAAAAAGGCAGCAAAAAUUUAGUGAUGACGGAAAGGAAUAAAUCUUAGUCAUUGACAAAAUAGAUAUUUAGUAUGUAGGCUUCGCCUUUAUAUCAAAUAAUUUCCCUUAAUUCGUGCAUGCAAUUUUAUAACUUUUCUGACAAUGUGCGAAGUGAUACUAUCAGUCGAACUGCAAUUUCUUGCUACUCUAACAUGCAAUAAGCAUCAUUAAUUAUGUUCUUUUAAUUUCGAAGAUAGGAUGACUAAUUAUGUGCACUGCUCUCCCAAAUGAUAUGAUAUUUACUUGAGGGAAGUUUAAAUAACGUUUGACUAGACAUUUGCGAAUUAAUCCGAUGCCGAAUCCGAAUCUGACUUCGGGUAUACUGUAGGGACUUUCUCAAAACAUUUAGUGGUUCAAAUGAUAAAAAUGGUUUUUGACUAACAUUUUAACGUUGAGCUGUUUUUUUGUGCCCCCCAUGAGUGGUGGGGGCAUAUAGAUUUGCUCUUGUCCGUGCGUCCGUCCGAAGUUUGUGACACGCCUAGCUCAAAAAGUAUUUGAUAUAAAUUAAUGAAACCUUGCAUGAGUCUUUAUCAUGAUAUGAACUUGCGCACCUUCUAUUUUUCGUCUGGCUCCGCCCCCUAAUUUUAGAAUUAUGGUCCCUGAAAUAGUCAAAAAUGCACAUGUUCACCUUUUGACACGCCUAGCUCAAAAAGUAUUUGAUAUAGAUUCAUGAAACCUUGCAUGAGUCUUAAUCAUGAUAUGAUCUUGCGUACCUCCUAUUUUUCAUCUGGGUCCGCCCCCUAUUUCUAGAGUUAUGGCCCCUAAAAUAGUCAAAAAUGCACAUUUUCACCUUGUGACACGCCUAGCUCAAAAAGUGUUUGAUAUAAAUUGAUGAAACCUUGCAUGAGUCUUUAUCAUGGUAUGAACUUGCGCACCUCCUAUUUUUCAUCUGGCUCCGCCCCCUAUUGUUAGAGUUAUGGCCCCUGAAAUAGUCAAAAAUGCACAUUUUCACCGUUUGACACGCCUAGCUCAAAAAGUAUUUGAUUAUAGAUUCAUGAAACCUUGCAUGAGUCUUAAUCAUGAUAUGAACUUGCGCACCUCCUAUUUUUCAUCUGGGUCCGCCCCCUAUUUCUAGAGUUAUGGCCCCUGAAAUAGUCAAAAAUGCACAUUUUCACCUUGUGACACGCCUAGCUCAAAAAGUAUUUAAUAUAAAUUGAUGAAACCUUGCAUGAAUCUUUAUCAUGAUAUGAACUUGCGCACCUCCUAUUUUUCAUCUGGCUCCGCCCCCUAUUUCCAGAGUUAUGGCCCCUGAAAUAGUAAAAAUAUGCACAUUUUUACCUAAUUAUUUACCUCACUCAAAAAGUAUUUAAUGUAAAUUCAUGAAACCUUGCUUGAGUGAAGUUGAGUCUUUAUCAUAAUGUGACCUUGCACAUUUGGCAUUCUUCUUGAGAAUUUUAGCAUUUAUUACAGAGUUAUGGCCCUUGAAAUAGCCAAAAUAGUGGAUUUUUUGUUUGUGAUGCUCAUAGCUCAAAAAGUAUAUGGUAUAGAAUAAUGAAUCCAUUUCAUAAAUAUUUUUUUUGAGGUUAUACCCCAUUAAGACUGCAAACAUUUGAAUAAUUUCCCCUUAUUUGUGACAAAUGUACAAGUGGGGGGCACACCCUGUGUCCUACAGGCACAUUCUAGUUUUUUAUUAACUAUAUAUUUUUGUGCUCCCUGAAGGGCGAGCAUAUAGUUGUCGCUUUGUCCGUCCUUCCGUCAGUCCGUCACACUUUUGUCCGGAGUAUAACUUGGAAAGUAUUAAUGGCGUUUGAUUGAAACUUCACAUAAUCAUUUUUGUGGAAGGGUUACCAAGGGCUAUUAACGUAGAAAUGGUAAAGAGCGUUAUAGGAGCUCACGGAAACUUGUCAGAUUUUUGGUGCGAGCGUAGCAAGCAAGAAAAAUGCAUAUUUUAUAUAUUUCAUCCAGAACAAACAAUAAAUUACUUAUGUGAGCGUAGCGAGCGAGAUAAAAUGCACAUUUAUAUUUUUCACACAGAACAAAAGUCAAAUUACUUGUGCUCCGGCGGUUUUAGGGUGGGGGAAUGGGUCAAAGAAGAUCUCAGAAGUUUACUCUGUUGCUGUUUGAGGAAAGCCACGCCCUGGCAGUCACAUUCUUUAGACUCACAAAAGGAACGUUUCCAUGGAAACAUAUUUAAAUCAGCUUAGCAGUAUUGUAAAAGGCGAUUCUCAAAUAUCCGUUCUGGUUAUAAAUUAUAUGGGAACCAUUUUUUCCCCUCAAGGCCAUGUUUAACAUAGCCAAUGAUCUGACGGCCACCCAAUAAAAAUGUAUGCACAACAGCCAUGUAUAAUAAGAAAAUCUGAAAGAUUCGAAUAUUCUAUACAAGUAACUUGCAUUCAGGACUUAAUGAAAUUUGGUUGAAGGUAACAUUGCUUUUAAGUAGACUAAGUGUUGAAAAGGGAGUAAAUAAGGAGAAUAAUUCUUUAUUUCGUUUGCCAUCUCAACUCUGCAUAGAUGACCCAAUAUUUCAUGUAUUGAAAGAGCACCUACAACAUGUACAAGAAUUUCUUCUGUUAUGUCUGGACAAAUCUGACUCUUUGAUUAAGGAAAAGAUGCUCAUAACAAUAAAUAAGGGGGCUGAUGACGGAUGUACGAUGGGCAUCUCAUAAUCACAGGUACACCUCCAAUACGGCAUGAUAGGUGAACUUAACAUGUCCAGGAUUAUCUGUGAAAGAAAUAAGAAUGUAACUAUAACACGUUUUCGUGUUUUGCAAAAUUCUUCAUUGAACCUAUUUAGAAAAUUAAUUUUUAUAUAUAUAAUGACGUAAAGAUCCGUAAGAGUUAAAAAAGAAACGUCUUUUAUAUGCCCCACAGAACUACAAAGGUAUCCGGAUAAUAUGUAUCCCUUAUUUAAAACUUAACAAUGAACUCAAUAACGAACGGAAUGAUGCCUAUAUAUAUACUGUCCGCCCUUUUUGUUUCCACGGAUAAUAGGUCAUAGCGUCUGAGACAUGUGGCUUUUUCUUAACACUUAACAGAAUAGUGUUAACCAAAUUUCAUAAUGACCAAACAUUAUUAGGCCUAGAAAAAAUGUGUUCUUCUGGUUUCCCGACCUACACAAAUUAAUCUAACCUAAAUGUUUUAUGGCCCUUGAGAAUAUUUAACAUGCUUUGAACAUGGUCAGUGAUGUUAGAAUUCAACUUACUGAUGCUCUAAAGGCACACUCUCCUAUUUUUAUUCAUUUUAUAAAACAAAAAUAAUUUCCGAAAGGUCCAACUUAAUUGAAAAUUAUCAAAAACACCAAAAUUACCGACCUACCUGCCCAAUGUUUUGAGCAUGUUACCGGAAAAAGAAAGAACAAUUUUUUGUUAGCUCUAACUACUAAAAACAAAGAUUCAAGUUAAAAACAUCAUAAUAAAUCGACCAACACUUUGCUGUUAGCUCAGUAGGUAGAGCGUCGGUCUACGGAUCGUUGGGUCGCGAGUUCGAUCCUCGGGCGGGGCGUAUGUUCUCCGUGACUAUUUGAUAAACGACAUUGUGUCUGCAAUCAUUAGUCCUCCACCUCUGAUAAUUCAUGUGGGGAAGUUAGCAGUUACUUGCGGAGAACAGGUUUGUACUGGUACAGAAUCCAGGAACACUGGUUAGGUUAACUGCCCGCCGUUACAUGACUGAAAUACUGUUGAAAAACGGCGUUAAACCCAGCACAAACAAACAAAAACACUUUGCUGAUAUUUCUGAUUGAUUUAAAUUAUAGCACAUAAAGGUUUUGAGAUUAUCCCUCAAAAAACAAUAUGAAUAUCGGAUUACAAUCUCGGAUUCGGUAUCGGAUUAAUUCGCAAAUGUCUAGUAGGCGGGACACUAAUAAUCCAGUUGUUCGUAUGUUUUUCGGCGACGCCGUCUAAAUUCGUUUUCGUUACCUAUGCCACGUGACUUCAGUUUGCAAAUCAAACUGCUUGAUAACGCAUUAUAGAUAAUUUAUCAAAAUGGAAGAUUUAUGCAACACUCUGCCUGAUUGGACGAGAGUGUCAAUUUCUUUCACUCUGUUGAUUGUGCUACGCUGAGUGAAAUGUAGACAAAGCGUUUAUCCUAAACGAUGCUGUUCACAGUUUUAAAGCUAACUUUGGCUCAGUAUAUUUAGCAAGAAUAUUGAUAUAUCUCAAAAUGAUAAGUAAGUUUAAUAAAUAUGAUAAAAACCUGUUCAAAUACCAACAUAUAUCAAAUUAAAGAAAGAGCUGAAUACGGUCUGCGUAUCACAUGAAUAAGGGUGUGAUAAGAGUCUUUUAUGUAGAGAAGUGCUUUUUAAAAGAUUUUCCUUGUUACAAUUGUCGUAUGUAUAUGAAAAUGUUUCUUGCUUUUGUGACUUAUUCAGAUUGCAUAUUAAAAUGAGUACUUGUU